AUGGACACUGUUAAGACAGUGGAUGGCCAGUCGCAACGGAGGUGGUCCUCACUUGCAUUUGAAGAGGUAUAGGAAGAACAAAGACUGAGAGGCAACAGCACAGCACAAGAAGGUAGGCAAGUGAAGUGGCGGUCAUUGUUCCCAUUUUAAUGAGGCCACAAAUGAUUUUUAGAGUCCAUUCUAGUCGCCUAGGACUGGGUACGUCGGGCACGUGAUGUGCUGUGCAUGUCAGAUUAAGGAACAAGUCCCAAAACUGUACAGUCUGUAAUGAAUUUCUACCGAUCUUAACGGUUGAUUCUGAUUGUUAUUGCUCCGAUUGUUUGAAGGCGAACCGAUGGUGUGCUGAGUUUCUUCGUGUGCGUUGAAUAUUGGAGGCCAUUAUCUGUAUGGUAAAUAGCCUGCGUAGCAAGCGUUUCCACGUGAGUUCGUCUAAAAAAGUUGGCACGAGAGCAAAAUUCCACCCUUUUUUUUGCUCCCGCUCUAACUUUCGCGCAAUAACUCGAUUGGAAACGCUUGCUACCCAGACUAUAUGGUAAAGUGUGACUUGGUUGCCUUGAUCUGCAACUUGCAAAAGAUCUGGUACGAGGUAAUCACUGUAAUUAAUAAUAAUCAAUAGUCACGAGUAAGGUCUCAUCUCCAUAGGUGAAGAGAUCUUGGGCAAUUUUUGACCAUGGGGUAUUUGGAAACUUAUGCGUCAUCAAUGGUUCUGGUGGAGAACCUCUGCAUCAGCUCAACAUUGCAAACGAAUGGUACAGAGGCAACGGCAUGUUGGUCAAUCCCACCAAACACCAAGCCAUGAUUAUAGGAAACACGGAUCAUGUGUUUUCCUUUCCGGUACAAAAAUCAAUUGAAUUGUUUGGAAUAACCCGGGAAUAACUGUGGAUGACAGACUCUGUUUUGAUGAACACGUCUCUAACAUAUGUAAAAAGAUAACUAACCAAUUCAAUGUCAUAAGCAGAUUUCGCAAGCUUAUACCUGCCACUGUAUUGUUACGCCUCUACAAAGCAUUUAUAUUACCACACUUCCUGUAUUGUUCUACCGUAUGGCAUUUUUGUGACUGUCGAAAUAAGGAUGAGAUAGAAAUGUUGAACAAACGCGUUCUUCGGGUCAUCUUAAAUGACAAAGUCUCAUCAUACGGUGACCUAUUGCAACGUAUUGGACAUUAUUCCCUCAGUAACAAGCGGAUACAGAACAUGCUUAUAAUUAUCUUCAAAUGUCUUCAUCUUGAACAGUAUCCGCAGUAUCUCAAAGAAUUGCUUUCUCUGAGAUCUGUUGAUUAUUCGAUGAGAAGUGCUGAUACCCUUAGUCUUCCUAAACCUGUUACUACUUUUUAUGGCUUAAAUUCUUUUAGUUAUACUGCUAAGUUCUGGAACGCGUUGCUUGACAGACUGAGAACCGUUCCGUCUUUGCAUGACUUUAUUUUAGCAAUUCGGCGAUACAGAUUAAUUAAUUAAUUAAUUAAUUGUAUUAAGAGUUAAAUAUUUUCUCCAGUUAGUGUAUACCAUAGUUUAUUUCAUUUUAGGAUUUUCUUUCUUUUCUCGGAGAUACUAGCCUAUUUUUGGCUACUCUGUAAUUCGAGACAAAAGCUUUAUGUAUGUAUGUAUAAAGUGUAUGCAUGUAUGUAUUUAUGUAUGUAUGUAUGUAUGUGAUAAGUAGUCUAUGACGACAUUAAAUGUAAGAGACAGCGGGCCAAACUUAAUUACUACAAGACCGACAGACCAUUGACAGGGCUGCAAAUUGGGAAACCAAUUCGUCUGCAGCCAGUAAACCCCCAAGAAUCCAUGGGAGAAAGGAUCGUGUGCAGGAGAAGACAGAACUGAAGACGGACCACGUUGGUAACUGA